CUGCACUCGAGGGACGUGGAGGCUUGGGAGAGCAGUAGAGUCAGCUCCAGUCAACUUCAGUCAACACAGUCAACAGCCACUACCAAAACCGGCUAAGUCUUCUUUCACUCCAUGCCCUCCUUUCUCACCCAACCACUCUCUAGCGUUGUUCUUUCCUCUUUGUUUCCCAUGCCACUGGCUGUUGCACGCACCCACAAGUCACACAGUUGAACCGCGGUGCGGUUCUGUUCGGUACCAGUGAACCGCGAUGCGGUUCUGUUCUGUACCAGCGAACCGCGGUGGCGGUGCUGUUUUGUACCAUUGAACCGCGGUGGCGGUUCUGUUCUGUACCAGUGAACCGCGGGGUUGCGGUUCUGUUCUGUACCAGUGAACCGCGGUGCGGUUCUGUUCUGUAGCAGUGAACCGCGGUGGCGGUUCUGUUCUGUACCAGUGAACCGCGGUGGCGGUUCUGCAUUAGUGAACCGCGGUGGCGGUUCUGCUCUAGUGAACCGCGGUGGGGUUCUGUUCUGUACCAGUGAACCGCGGUGCGGUUCUGUUCGUGAACUGCGGUGGCGGUUCUGUUCUGUAGCAGUGAACCGCGGUGGCGGUGCUGUUCUGUACCAGUGAACCGCGGUGGCGGUUCUGUUCUGUACCAGUGAACCGCGGGGUUGCGGUUCUGUUCUGUACCAGUGAACCGCGGUGGCGGUUCUGUUCUGUACCAGUGAACCGCGGUGGCGGUUCUGCAUUAGUGAACCGCGGUGGCGGUUCUGCACUAGUGAACCGCGGUGGGGUUCUGUUCUGUACCAGUGAACUGCGUGAACCGCGGUGGCGGUUCUGUUCUGUAUUAGUGAACCGCGGUGGUGGUGCUGUUCUGUACCAUUGAACCGCGGUGGCGGUUCUGUUCUGUACCAGUGAACCGCGGGGUUGCGGUUCUGUUCUGUACCAGUGAACCGCGGUGCGGUUCUGUUCUGUAGCAGUGAACCGCGGUGGCGGUUCUGUUCUGUACCAUGAACCGCGGUGGCGGUUCUGUUCUGUAUUAGUGAACCGCGGUGGUGGUGCUGUUCUGUACCAUUGAACCGCGGUGGCGGUUCUGUUCUGUACCAGUGAACCGCGGGGUUGCGGUUCUGUUCUGUACCAGUGAACCGCGGUGCGGUUCUGUUCUGUACCAGUGAACCGCGGUGCGGUUCUGUUCGGUACCAGUGAACCGCGAUGCGGUUCUGUUCUGUACCAGCGAACCGCGGUGGCGGUGCUGUUUUGUACCAUUGAACCGCGGUGGCGGUUCUGUUCUGUACCAGUGAACCGCGGGGUUGCGGUUCUGUUCUGUACCAGUGAACCGCGGUGCGGUUCUGUUCUGUAGCAGUGAACCGCGGUGGCGGUUCUGUUCUGUACCAGUGAACCGCGGUGGCGGUUCUGCAUUAGUGAACCGCGGUGGCGGUUCUGCUCUAGUGAACCGCGGUGGGGUUCUGUUCUGUACCAGUGAACCGCAGUGCGGUUCUGUUCGGUACCAGUGAACCGCGGUGGGGUUCUGUUCUGUACCAGUGAACCGCGGUGGCGGUUCUGUUCUGUACCAGUGAACCGCGGUGGCGGUUCUGUUCUGUACCAGUGAACCGCGGUGGCGGUUCUGCAUUAGUGAACCGCGGUGGCGGUUCUGCUCUAGUGAACCGCGGUGGGGUUCUGUUCUGUACCAGUGAACCGCAGUGCGGUUCUGUUCGGUACCAGUGAACCGCGGUGGGGUUCUGUUCUGUACCAGUGAACCGCGGUGGCGGUGCUGUUCUGUACCAGUGAACCGCGGUGGCGGUUCUGUUCUGUACCAGUGAACCGCGGGGUUGCGGUUCUGUUCUGUACCAGUGAACUGCGGUGGCGGUUCUGUUCUGUAGCAGUGAA